AUGGUAAAUGAAAUAAACAUAUUAUUGCUCGGUGAGACUGGUGUAGGAAAAUCUACGUUUAUAAAUGCUUUUGCAAAUUAUCUUAAUUAUGACAAUUUAACUGACGCACAAUCAGGAGAAAUGGAGGCAUUGAUCACAUCAAAAUUUACAAUGAUGGAUGAGAACUACGAGAUGAAAACAAUAAAAAUUGGUGAUGAUGAUCCAAACGAAAAUGCAGAUAACAGAGGAGCAUCAGCUACUCAAGGAUGUAAAAGUUAUCCGUUCCCUGUGGACGAUAAUAAAAUCAUAAGAUUGAUUGAUACUCCCGGUAUCGGAGAUACCAGGGGAAUUGACAAAGAUAAGGAAAAUUUUGAUAACAUUCUAAAGUAUAUUAGUUUCCACAAGUACCUGAAUGGGAUUUGUAUUCUUCUCAAACCUAAUAGUUCACGAUUGAAUGUAGUGUUCAGAUUUUGCAUCCAGGAAUUGUUGUCGCAUCUUCAUAAAAAUGCCAAGGACAACAUUGCUUUCUGCUUCACAAAUGCUAGAUCAACAUUCUAUCGUCCAGGAGAGACUUUGCCAGCACUCAAAAAACAACUUAAGGAUCUCGAAGACAGAUCUGGUGUUGAAAUAAAAACCAACAGAGAAACAAUGUACUGUUUUGAUAACGAAGCUUUUAGAUUUCUAGCAGCACUCAAAAAUGAGGUAAAGUUUUCAGAAACUGAUAGACAAAGUUUUGCAGAAAGCUGGAAAAAGUCUGCGGACGAGUCACAAUUGCUCUUUAAGCACCUUGCAACACGUAAGCCUCACAAAAUAGAAGAUACCUUAUCACUCAACAAUGCCAGAAAGAUAGUGUUGCUUCUUUGCAAACCUCUUGGAGAUAUAGGAAAACUAAUCCAGGACAACAUCAGCAUAAUCAGAGACGAACAAAAUAUGGUUGAAAAUUCUAGUAGAUCCAUAAAUGACCUUGAGAGAAAUAAGUACACCAAACAGAUAAAGCUUAUUCCAGAAGAGUUGGGGCACCCCAGAACGGUAUGCACCGAUGCCAAUUGCAUCAAGAUAUACAGUAUUGGUAACGUAAACAUGACAGAUCACAUAUCACAUUGUCAUAAACAUUGUUAUUUGAGUGGUGUUCAAACUGAAGUGAUAAACAAUCCAGCCUUGACACACUGCAGUGCUAUGAAAACUGAUGGAAAUUGUAAAAAAUGCUCCUGCCACUGGAGUAAACAUAUGCAUAUUACUUAUGAGAAUCGAACAGAAUUCAUAAGCGUCAUUGACACGAAUAUAGAACAACAGAUUAAGGAAAAGAAAUCGUAUCAAGAGAUAAAGCAAGCAGUUAUAGAUAGUAAAAGAAAGCAGAUCAAGAGCCUAGAAGAGGAACAGAAGAAAAUAACCACCAUUAGUGCCCAAUUUGCACAUUUUCUAAAACAGAGCGCAAUAGCUGCUUUCAAUGAUGCAUAUGCUGACUAUCUAGAUUAUCUCAUACACGUACAAAAAGUUAUAAGGGAUUCUAAAAAUGACAAUUACAACAAAGAAAUUCUUGAAGGGCUCGAAAAAUCAAAAAGCGAAUAUUUAACAAAGGUGAAGAUUUUAAAAGAAGCGAUGGAAAACGAUGAUUCUUCCAUGUCUACAAUCUCACCAGAAGAAAUAUCCGACUACGAACAAGAAUUGUAUAAUCUACCAUUGAAUGGUUCAUCGUUGAAAGAAUUAAAAGAAGCAGCAGAACGUGGUCAAAAUGCCUCGUUCAGAUACAAUGAAAGACCAUAUGUGCCCCGAAGAAAAAAUAGACUCUCAAGACUUUUGACUUUUUUCUCCUCCAGUCAAUGA